GUUUUUGCAAUCUAAAAUUCAUUGCAACAUGUAACACAUGAGCUAUGAAUAAAACAGGUAAAAUCUUUCAAGUUGAACCAUUUGAACCAUUUGAGUAACAAAGGACUACUCAGGAAAAGAGGAAAAUCACAUCAAAAAGCAGUAUGAAGACUAUUUUCCUUUUAAUUACGACUAUCUUGACUUUAAAUAUAACUUCAGACUCGCAUAGCUUGGAUUGCUCAAAAAAACUUAUGGCACAAGACAUACAAAUUACUUGCAAACGAAUGACAGAUGGUAAAGAUAGAAAGCCAAAAUUUGUUAUUAAACUCAAAGAGGACAGCGAGCUGACUACACCAGAGAGCGACUGUACAACAACCAACUGUACGAUAACGUGUCAACAGCUGAUAGCCCUAGAGGACCUUGGUAUAGGCCAACACAAACUCUUUGCAAUACUGUAUUUAACAUCUGGUCAAGUAUACAGUUAUUCAGCUGAAGUUUCAAUAACUUUAGAUUUUCCCAGCAUAGCACUAAAAAACUGUGACUAUGAUGAAAGACACAACAUUUCAGUACAUUGUAUGUGUGAGAGAACCGAUGUCAGUGAAAUUGAGACGUGGAUCUACAUGUACAUUAAUGAUGUGGAACAAUACAAAACCAGUGGCAAUAACUUACAAUUUUCGUCAGUCAUAAGUGGUUCUACAGCUCUUAGGUGUGUAGCUGAAAAUGGUGCAGGAUGGAGAUCAAAUACGGCUUCUGUAUAUUACAAUUUACCUAAUAAAGUAUCAAUCUACAAUAGAAAGAACGCAGGAAUGGCAUUGGCAGUGCUCAUUGUGGUUGCAUGUGCGCUUUAUUAUAAAUUGUCUGCCUCCCGAAAAUUUCAAGUGCUCUCCCCUCCCCACACCGGAGAAAAAUGUCUCGAACAAACACUGAACAUUGUGGACAAUAAGCGUAGCUGCGAUCGAAUUGGCACCAACGCUGGAGUUCAUGCUGUAUCAAAGUCAUCAUGCUCUCAAUCGCUUGUACAAAACAUCUCACAGAUGAAAAAAAAGACACUUUGUGAACUUGGGAUUUCUUAUGAAGGAUCGGUUCCAGAAAAAUUGAUACUUAAAAGUAAAUUACAAGAUCGAGAUAAAGAAAAUUUACAACUUCGGAUUUCUCGUCUUGCCUUGGUUCGAGAAAUAAAUCAUCUGAAAUAUGAACUAGAUGUACAUAAAGAAUCUUUAAGUAUCAAAGGCAGAUCAUUGGAAGAAUCAGAGAAACAAACAGAUCACCUAAAUCUAAAACUAAAAGAAUAUCAAGAAAUAGUCAGCAACCAAUGCAAGUUAAUGGACGAAUUAAAAGAUUACUCAGAGUUGCUUAAAAAUAAACAACUAAUUCAAGAUAAAGAACAUUCUCAACUUCGGAAUUCUGGUGAUGCCUUGGUUCGAGAAAUAAAUCAUUUGAAAUAUGAACUAAAUGUACACAAAGAAUCUUUAAGUAUCAAAAGCAGAUCAUUGGAAGAAUCAGAGAAACAAACAGUGAUGCUUAAAAAUAAAUUACAAGAUCAAGAUAAAGAACAUUUCCAACUUCGUAUUUCUCGUGAUGCCUUGGUUCGAGAAAUAAAUCAUCUACAAUAUAAACUAGAUGUGCAUAAAGAAUCUUUAAUUAUCAAAAGCAGAUCAUUGGAAGAAUCAGAGAAACAAAAUGUGUUACUAAAAAACAAAGUACUAGUUCAAGAUAAAGAGUGCUGCGAACUUCGAAUUUCUAAUCAGGCGUUGGAACAAGAAAAAAAUCUUCUAAAAAAAGAACUAGAUGAACAUAAAGAAUCUUUAAGUAUCAAAAGCAGACCAUUGGAAGAAUCAGAAAAACAAACAGGAAGUGCCUUCGAUCAUAAGGAUGUCAACAUGGGUUUGGUCAGUGAAGACUUACAAAAGUAUCUUACAGGUAGACAUGAAGUGCAAGAAUGUAGUAAAGGUCAAACCAAGAUAGGACUACGCAAACAUUUUGUAAACUGCAAGAAAAAUCCUGGCCAUAAAAUGUUUAUACCCGUAAAGAAUUUUACUACCGAACAUUUUUCAUCGGAUUACCGUGAUGAUGACCUAAUUGACCUCACAAAAGCCUUGGCUGACCUUACGGUCAUGAUUGCCGUUAAGUUCACCAGUCCAGACAGACCAAAGUUUGUAGAGGGCACUAAAAUUCUAUAUCCUUGCUACAACACCAGGGGACAGGACUUGCUGAGAACAGGGACUGGGUGGGUGAAGAGGGUGGACAAGAAAACAGUUGAAAUGAACAUUAAAUGUCAAUGCUCUGAAUGUAAACUUUCGGACACACCCAGCAAAGAGUGGUGGGUGGUUUAUGUGCAAACAUCCAGACAUGUGAUAUUUGAUUCAAGUGAGGUGAAACAGUCCAGCUGUAGACUAUGGUUUGAUGAUGAUAAAAGUCCAGGGGAAAACAUUUCUGGAUGGGAGAUAGUUGGGUCAAAUACUAAAAAAAACUUUUGCUAUAUGUAUUAUGUGACACAUGACUUAGUUUUAGGUGAUAAACUGGAGAAUAUGAUGAAGCGGUUUAAUGUCUUGGAUAAGAAAGUAAGUGCCAAAUACGAGAGCCGUAGAGAUGUGGACAAGCUGACCAUUAUAGUGUCACAUCCUCAUGGCUGUUCUAAGCAGGUCUCUGUAGGUCACUGGGUGGACAGAAAGGUACAUAGUCAGGAGGUGCAGGGGAAAAUGUUGACAUGGUACACGUACACAAAUUGUACCUGUCCUGGUAGCAGUGGGGCUCGAGUAUACCGACUAGGAUAUUAUGGGUGUGAACUUUACCACAGUUUAGCUUACCGUAACUCUGUAUUAAAAUGUAGUAGUCUGUAUUUGGAAAGGUGUAGUACUGUAUGUGAAUAAGCAUAGCACACUAAACAAACUUGAGUUUUAGAAGUAUAGAGAUAGAGAUGUCAUGGGUAUUUUAUAUUCUUUAUAUGACCACAAGUCUUUAGGGUACUCUGGAAUCGGAUGUCCAAUAUUUUUUUUUAUGGUUGGAAGAAGCAACUACUCGAUGCUUUACUGUUCAAAUUUUGGACGGUCUUCAGUACAUACAGCAAAAUAUAUUAAAUUGUUGAUCUGACUUUAGUAGCUAAGGUUCAAAGAAUGAUGUGAUAAAAUAAUGUUUACACACAAACGUAGCCCUGAUAAACAUACCUCAACGAGUUGAUAUCGGAGGAUUUUAAAGUUGUUUAAUAUGUCUAUCCUGGCUCUAACAUUUUACUUGAAUACAAUCAGAAUAUCGAGAUAACAGAUGUUGGAAUCUCAAAAUGGAUUGAUGGUAACGGAGUGGUCACAGAAGAUGCAACAAUAAGAUACAUGGCAACAGGAGGAUUAUAAACUACACUAUCAAGUAAUAUAUUUGGUAGGGGCUUUAAUUUUAAACAUUGAAGUAAACAAAACAAGACUUAUAAAAGCUUAACACACAUAUUAUAAUUGUAAUAUUUAUUGUUGCUACUUCAAAAAAGAAUAAUGUUUUUUUUGCUAUUAUAUUUGUAUAUUUACAAAGCGCAUUGAUAUGACAGACUGUUAAAUUAAAUAUAGAAAGUUUUAUUUAUUAAUAAACACUACAAAUAAAAUUCAUGUAAACAUUCGAUAUUUUUUACUAGAUAAAUUGACAAGCACACUUUUUAAAAAUAAAUUUAGAGAUGCCGUGUGUCUUUAAAACCCUAAAUUUUAUAUCAGUAAACAUGCAUGUGUGCUAUAGUUUUGGAUUUGUUUCGAUACAAUUUCCCCAGGUGUUGCGAUACACAUUUACCAGCAUGCUCUCUUCAGUGGUUUAGCAAAAUGUAUGAUAGAUGACAAAAUAGUGUACCAUGUCACAUGCCAAUAAUAGUUUGAUGAAAAUAGUUUGACAUAGCGAGUGGAGGUUAUAAAAAAAUUGACAUCUACAUUUUGCGACCAUUAAGGUUCUACAAUGCCCCAUAGCUGUAUACAAAUCAACAGAUGUAGUGUUAAGCAUAUUAUA